AUGGCCGGAAAUGAGGUGAGACGAAGACGUCUCUCCCCGUCCGACCCACAAACAUCACAAAAUCGAUGGAUUGAGGAAACUGUGGAAAAAGCUGAGAAACCCGUCGCAAAGAGAUCAUCCUCGAUUGCAAAUCGACAACUUCAUUGGGCUGUCCGACUAUUUCCUUAUUAUCUUUUCUAUGGCUUUUGGUUUCUCUUCGGAUUACUGGUGAUAAGAAAAACGAACAACGCCAUCUCAGCAGUGCGAUACGUGAAAACUCACGGACCAUUGGUUGGCGUUGAUUACAUCGAGAAUUCGAGGGAAUUCCACGAUUUGAUACAAUUGCUUGAUAAGGAAUUCACCCGUCCACCCGCAUUCUUGAUGCUCAACCAAUUCGCGCUGAACAUGACCGACAAUUUCCUUUGCAACACGCAAUCGCUGGGGAUACACGACAGAUUCAUUUUCAUCACUCUCGACACAGUAUCCCGGGACACAAUGCGACGCCGAUGGCCCCAAAUCCGACAAUUCCACUGGCCCACUCCGAGUUUAUAUAAGCCGUUUUCUUUUGCCGAGGGUCCUUAUCAAAUGAUCUAUUUGCUGAGGGCGAACAUCGCGAUUUCAUUGAUCAAAAAGGGGAAAAGUUUCUGGAUGAUGCAACAGGACACUUUCUGGCGCAAAAACCUUUUCGAUUUGAAUCUGGAGGACGACUUGAGCUACGAUGCGAUAUUCGAUCAAAUCGGGAUCGAUGAGACUUCGGAAAGAGCCGAAUGGGUGAAUGGUGCCAACUGGUUCAUCCGUGCCGGUGAUAACACUCUCGAGUUCUUCGAGAGACUCGCGGACAAAUUGGGGCAUUGGUAUACACCCGAUAUGGGCAUCAUGAUACAUCAAUGUCACACAUGGGGAACCGUCAAAUGUGCCUAUAUACCGCACAAAAUUGCGCACAGUUGGGAGUGGAUGUACACGGAUCAAAACGACCCACCUUAUAUCAUUCAAUUGGAUUGUGAAACGGACGGUGGAAGCAAGCUGAUGCAAUUAGGGAAAUUCGGGUUUCAUUUCACGAAUCGAGAUGGAAGUUGUAAUGAGGAAAAGGUGCUUUUGGCGAGAGCAAAAAUGGCAAAUGGAUCAGUUUCUGUUGGAUAUCAACGAGCGACAUUCCCGAGCUGGGGAAGAUUACAGUUUAAGGCCUAUUGGUACAUCGUCGAUUGUAUCAUCUGGACUCCUUACAUUGGUCCAUUCCUUAAACCGUACCUUCCGCUUGUCGGUUACAUUCUAAUGAUCACCAUGUUUCGAUCUGUGUCUCUUUCGCGCAACUUCAAACGAAAGGAAUUCAUUCAACUUCAAUUCUCAAAGUUACGAGUGACCCCAUCGACAUCAGAAAUGGGCAGAAGAGGCGGUGGUGGUGGUGGAGUGGGAUUUGGACGUAUCCCAGACAGGUGGCUUCAAUAUCAACCUGUCGGAAAGCACGUUGAACACACGCGUUUCAUCCCGUUCAAAUGCCCGCUGGAUGCAAACUUCUUUAACAGAAACAAGGAAUUAGAAGAUGAUGAUGUUUUUACGGUGGACCUUCUCUUGGAAAUGGCAAAACGAGUUGAUAAGAAGAUUGGACUAGUGAUCGACUUGACGAAUACACAAAGAUAUUAUUAUCCCGCCGAAUUCACGAGUCAAGGAAUCGAAUAUCAGAAGCUGAAUUGUCCAGGCCAUGAGGUAGAUACUCGAGAAGACAUCGUCCAGAAUUUUAACAAACUGGUUACUUCGUAUUUACAGCGAGCACCUCCAGAUACUCUAAUUGGUGUCCACUGCACACAUGGGUUGAAUCGAACGGGCUACCUGAUAGGAAGAUACAUGAUUGAUGAAGCAGGAUGGAAUGCUGAAGAGUUCAUAAACAUGUUCGAGCAUUGCCGUGGACAUCCGAUAGAGCGACAAGGCUACAAGGAUAAAUUGAAAUGGGCUCAAGAGCAACGCGAUUCAAAAGAAGCGGCAGCCAAGGCGGAGAAUGAAUUGACUCAA